AUGGCACGAGAAGGCGCCACAGCGCGCCGAGCCUCGAACGCGCUCAAGGUGUCGUUUCAGCCGUUCGAUGUGGACUUCCAUCCGACGGCUCACCUGCUCAGCGUCUCCUUCAUCUCGGGUGUCGUGCAACUACUCAAUGUCGAUCCUACCACACUGCAAUUCGAAAGCAAGUGGAAGAAGAGGGGCCACACCGACUCCUGCCGAGCUGCACGAUUUGCUGCCAAUGGCCGAUUUGUGGUGUCAGCAGCAGCAGACACGUCUAUUGUGGUUCGAGACGUGGAGACGGGGGAGCGAGUGAGCAAGGUCAUGGGCGCACACAGUGAGGGAAUCAACCGGUUGGCAUGUUGGGGUGACUCCUGUGUGGCAUCUGGUGAUGAUUCCGGCACAGUCAAGUUAUGGGAUCUCAGGCAGGAUGGCAGUGCAGCAGGCAGCACAGCCACGGUGCAAGUAGCAUCGGACUAUCUCACUGACAUCCGCCCCCUCCCCACCUACAACCGCCUGCUUGCCGCCAGUGGCGAUGGCUCCAUGGCUGUUGUCGACCUCGCCACUAAUAGACUCACAGCACACACAGACAGCACAGAUGACGACCUGCUCUCUGUUGUUGCAGUCAAGAGCGACUCCAAGGUGGUGUGUGGCUCUCAGAGCGGGCUGCUCUACUUCUUCAACAUGAAUGGAGCAGAGCGGGAUAAUGAUCGCUUUCGAGGUCACGGAGGUUCAGUAGAUGCCAUUGUGCCUCUGGACGAUGACACGCUACUCACAGCCUGCUCCGAUGGGCUUAUUCGAGUUGCCUCAGUCUUCCCGAACCGCUUUCUAGACGUCGUCGGAUCACACACCGACGCUGCUGUGGAGGCACUGGCACUUUCUCACGAUAACAACCUGCUUGUGAGCGCGGGCCAUGACCAGAAGAUCAAGGCAUGGGACAUCGCAGGAAUUUUGGAUGAGGAGGAGGAGGGAGAGGAUGGGGAGGAGGAGAAGGAAGAGGAAGAGGAGGAGGAGAAGCAAGGUGAAAAGACUGGAGCAGGAGGAGGAGACCAUACAGUGGCAAAUGGAAAAGAUCCGAACGAGCCAGCCUCUGCUGCUGCUGGUGCUGAUAAAUCGGGAGUGGGACAUGGAGGGGCAGAACAAGCAGCAGACGGUGAAGGGCGGGGAAAGGAGCAAAAAGCUGCUGGGAGAAGAAGGGGUGACUGUAAGGAGAGUGAUAGUGACAGUGACCGGAGAGGUGGGAGAGACGAUGACUCAGACAGCAGCGACGACGACGGUGGCAAGGGAGUCCCUGCAGUGAGGCCAGAGCAGCACAGAAGACACCGAGAGGGAGGGGAUUCCCAGCCAACAUGGGACAUGCAGAUGGGGGAGAGCAGCACAGAAGGCGCGCAGAUGAGAUUCACAGCCCACUCCUGCCAACCACCUACUACCCUCGGAGUGGAAGGGGAAGAAGUGCCGAGCAGCUCGGAGUGCCAGAUCUCCACAGCUCGGCACUUCCUCCCAUUCCACUCCUGCCAACCAUCUCCUACCCUCCUCUCUCACCCCCAGGACGUGCACUGGGGCGAGAUCAGCAGGGACGUGCAGUGGGGUGAGAUCCGCUUGGUGAAUGCAGAGUGCCGCCUGCUAGCCAGCGCUGGUAGUCUAUAUUCAUUCCAGCUUCCAUCGCUCCCUCAUUCCUCAUCACCCCCUUCUCCUCCAUCCCCUCCUCACCCCCAGGACGUGCACUGGGGUGAGAUCAGCAUGAUGGACGCGGAACGCCGCCUGCUAGCCAACACUCUCUUGGACCCGGGAAACGCAUGCUUCAUCCUCGUUUCAGAGACGUGCAUUGGGGACGUGCACUGGGGAGAGAUCAGCAUGGUGGACUCAGAAAGACUCCUGCUAGCCACCGCCCUCCUGGACCCUGGAAACACAUGCUUCAUCCUCGAUGUGCACUGGGGAGAGAUCAGAAUGGUGGACGCAGAACGCCGUCUGCUAGCCAACGCACUUCUGGACCCGGGCAAUGCGCGCUUUAUCCUCGUUUCGGAGUCCUGCGCUCCCCUCUUUAACUUCACAUUCGUCUACGCGUACCUCAUGGCCUCGCCCAAAGCAUACGUUCGUUUGAAGAACGAGCCUGGGACGAACGGGCGGGGGAGGUGGCGGAGGGAGUUUCUGCCUCUGGUUCGGCUGGAAGAUUGGAGGAAGGGAGGGCAGUGGUUUGCCAUGGAUAGGGAAGCAGCUAGGGUUAUUGUCGCGGACGAUAUUUUCUAUCCUCUUUUUAAGCGGUUCUGCAGGCCGCCGUGUUACGCGGACGAGCACUACAUGCCGACUAUGCUGAAGGUUCUUAUGCCGGGAAAUGUGGCCAAUAGGACAGUUACUUGGACGGAUUGGUCUAAGCCGGGUGCUGCGCAUCCUGCGCAGUUUAGUGCGGGUCAGGUGACGGAGAAGCUUAUAGAGAGGAUGAGAGGGCCUCCGGGCUGUAGAGUAGCUGAUGAGAGUGUUCCUUGUUUUCUGUUUGCCCGGAAAUUGAUGCCGGGAGCGUUGACAGAUUUGCUUCGACUGGCUGAUUACGUAGGAAUGUGA